GACCCCGGAUGAGGCCAGGCAUCAUCCGUGGAUUCUGAUGCACUACCAGAGUCCCAGCUCCAGCGAGGACUCUUCUCCCCACCAGUCCACCAACUGGGAGCACAUGGUGGAUUCCACCAGCGCCACAGCCCCGUCCACCUCCGGACCAGGGCCCAGACCGGUCGGAGCAAGGGACAGCAGGAGGGAGGGGGCGCCAAAUUAAGGGGGUCCCCCCCCUAAUGGGGACAAGAACCGUUACAUGAGGCCCCCAAACGCCUCGACGGUCUUCAGAAAACACCUGACAACGUUUGAGCAGAGGGGAAUCAAACAAGGAAGUGUGGUACCUUGGUAUAGCUGAAGAGAAGGUUCAGGAGACAUUCCCCCUCCGCCAUGGUUAUGAUGACCGCAAGGGACACUACAAGAUGGUUAUCAAAGACAACAUCGCUUACCGCUAUGAGGUCCUGGAGCUGAUGGGUGAGGGCACCUUCGGUAGAGUCCCCAAGUGCAGAGACCACAAAACCCAGCAGCUGGUAGCCAUGAAGGUCAUUGCAAACGACCAGAGGUAUGCAGAUGAGGCGAUGGCAUAGGUGGAAAUUCUGGAGCUGCUCCAAAAGAACGAUGAGGAUGGCAUGGCCAACGUUGUCCACAUGAAGGAGUACUUUCAGUUCCGUGACCAUCUGUGCAUCACCUUUGACCUCAUGGGGAAGAACCUGUAUGAGAUGUUGAAGGAGAGACAAUUCAGAGGGCUGGGCACCUCUCAAGUGAGGAGCCAUGCCAUCUCUCUGGUGCAGUCUCUCCAGCUUCUCAGCAGGUCUGGCAUUAUCCACUGCGACCUGAAACCGGAGAACAUCCUCACAUCACGAGAUAACUCAGAGGUCAUAAAGGUGGCUGACUUUGGGGCGAGCCUUCUGGAACGUCGUAGCACCGCACCUGUUGCCCAAACACUGAUCUACAUGUCCCCCGAAGUUAUUCUGACGAAGGUCUUCAGCAAGGCCAUUGACAUGUGGAGUCUGGGCUGCAUCUUAGCUGAGCUCAAGAGAGGCGUGGUCCUCUUCCAAGUGUGCGAUGAGUGCGAGCUGAUGCUGGAAAUGACGAAGCUGCUGGGUGUUCCCCCAAAGCAUAUGCUGAAGGACACCCCGCUUGAGAACUUGCUCUCUGGUCCAAGAACCAGCAGACGCAGGGCCAGGCACCAUUUGACGAAGGCCCUGGACACGGAGAACAAACUCUUCCUUGACUUCAUCCAGAGCUGCCUCGAAUACAAGCCGGCGAAGCGCAUUACCCCGGAUGAGGCCAGGCAUCAUCCGUGGAUUCUGAUGCACUUCCAGAGUCCCAGCUCCAGCGAGGACUCUUCUCCCCACCAGUCCACCAACUGGGAGCACAUGGUGGACUCCACCAGCGACGCAGCCCCGUCCACCUCCGGACCAGGGCCCAGACCGAGGGGAAUCAAACAGUACAAGGAGGUGUGGUCCCUUGGUGUAGCUGAAGAGAAGGUUCAGGAGACAUUCCCCCUCCGCCAUGGUUAUGAUGACAGCGAGGGACACUACAAGAUGGUUAUCAAAGACCACAUCGCCUCCUGCUAUGAGGUCCUGGAGCUGAUGGGUCAGGGCACCUUCGGUCGAGUCCUCAAGUGCAGAGACCACAAAACCCAGCAGCUGGUAGCCAUGAAGGUCAUUGCGAACGACCAGAGGUUUAAAGAUGAGGCGAUGGCAGAGGUGGAAAUUCUGGAGCUGCUCCAAAAGAACGAUGAGGAUGGCAUGGCCAACGUCGUCCACAUGAAGGAGUACUUUCAGUUCCGUGACCAUCUGUGCAUCUCCUUUGACCUCAUGGGAAAGAACCUGGAUGAGAUGAUGAAGGAGAGACACUUCAGAGGGCUGGGCACCUCUCAAGUGAGGAGCCAUGCCAUCUCUCUUGUGCACUCUCUCCAGCUUCUCAGUAGGUCUGGCAUUAUCCACUGCGACCUGAAACCGGUAGGAGCCUCAUCAUGA